AUGAUGCUUGAAUUGUUGUUCAGUCGACGCUUUUUACUACUUGGUACUAUCAUCACUUUAGUUACGUUUAUAUUGUUCGUUUGUAUAUAUCCAUUAGAAAAUGUCUACGACGGAGAUUUUGUGCUAAAGAAAUUUGUUAUGUGGAAUAUUCAACAAAAUACUACAAGCGAUGCAUCUCGAGUUAUCCAGCCGAUCUCGAAUGGAAUUACUUCAAAAUUACCGGAUCAUAUGUGCUAUAAAAAUGAGCCAUUUAUCGUUCUGGAAAGUUGUAUAGCGUGCUCUCAGUUUGAGCAAAGUGCUAUAAGAGCAGCUUAUUGCUUUGAAACCGGAUAUUACGAUAAAGUGAACUGUACACAAAGUAAACGGCUUGGUUUGAAGCCAUGUUUUGGAAAAACAAAUCGGUCUACCCAGUUUAAUUUAUUCGCAGUAUUAUGUGCUUCCUGUUUUGUUGCUAGCUAUGGCCUAGUGAAUUGGAGGCAAAAUGUGCUUCGCAGACAAGGCUUUAUAAGGGUGCAGAAUCAAUUUAAUUAA